AUGAAACACGUUGCAAUUCCGCAUGUCAUUCUGGGUGCCAUCCAUCAACUCUCCAACAUAAGUCUGUUCGGUGGAAACCCUGCGAUUGACCUCGUCGACAACGAUGUUGAAAACACGAGGCGGAUCUCGUCGCCCCCGGUGACUGUGACAUGGUCGGUUUGCACGGUGAAAGUGGCAUGCGGCGCAAAGUGGGCGACUAUGGCGUCGACAUCUCGGUCGUCGACGGCUCUAAAGAAGCUGGCCGGUAGGGACGCCAGCCGGUCUCGGGUCAGGGUCAUGUUUGGUGGACUGGAUGUGCAGAUUGGCAAGAGCGUGAUCACAGUUGGAGAGUUCCAGAUGAAAAUUGCUGUGUGGAUUAAGUGGCAGAUCGUCAAGAUCAGUGGAGGGCUUGUCCCGGUCCUUGGCAAGUUUAACCAGCAAUCGGCUAAAGUUAGAUAUUACCAGUAA